CAAAACCGAAAAAAGAAAACUUUCAAUCAAAAAAUUAGAAAUUUCGCGCGCGGCAAUACCCUUCCUCUACAGUAAACUAAUACCCUGUUAUCUUCUUCUUCAUUUCCUAAUAAUCGACCCUUCCUCUGAUAACUUCCUACCUGCCCCUUAACCCUAAUUUCUGAAUUUUCCUUCUUCUACAAUCAUUUGGCUUCAUAUCUACGAUCCAUCUUGCGGCUUCAUCUCUUAUAAGGAGUAAUUGAUAUCUUGGGGAAGUUUGCAAUGAUCAGAAAGUUUUUUACUUUAUUUUGAUGGGUAAUUUGCGGAAUAUUUUGGUGUGUGGUCGAAUUAUGCAAAAUGUCAAAGGGAAGUUGAUUUUACUGUUUUUACUGCUUAAUCUUGUCGCCCAUAAUUAUGAUUGUGAUGAUGGGUUUGGAUUCGGAUUCGGGUUUGGUGAGGCAGUUCAAAUUCUUUCCAAAUCAAGACUAGAAAAGUGUGAGAAAUCUUCUACUGAUGGUAAUGGUAAUGGUAAUCUCAAUUGUAGCCACAAGAUUCUCAUUAACAUAGCUGUUCCUAGCAAAUCUAGUGGAGGAGAAGCUUCAAUGGUGGCUGAAGUUGCUGAGGUUGAGGAAAAUUCUACGGAUAAAAUGCGGACAUUGCGACAACCCCCUGUGGUCACCGUCAAUAAAUCUCCUGCUUAUGCUGUGUUCGAUCUCACUUACAUACGAGAUGUACCCUAUAAACCUGAAGAAUAUUUUGUUCAGACGCGUAAGUGUGAGCCGGAUGCUGAUGCACAAGUUGUGAAGAUAUGUGAAAGACUGAGGGAUGAACAAGGUCACAUUAUCGAACCCUCUCAGCCAAUUUGUUGUCCCUGUGGUGAUAGGCGACGAGUACCUUCUUCGUGUGGAAAUUUCUUUGACAAACUGGUAAAAGGGAAGGCCAAUACUGCACAUUGUCUUCGAUUUCCUGGUGUUUGGUUCCAUGUAUUUGGCAUAGGGCAGAGAAAUGUCGGUUUUAGUGUCCGAAUUGAAGUCAAAACUGGAUCCAGCAUAUCAGAAGUGGUUAUUAGUCCGGGAAAUCGAACAGCCGUGUCCAGUAACAACUUUCUCAGAGUGAAUCUUAUUGGAGAUUUUGGUGGUUAUACGAAUAUUCCAUCGUUUGAGGAUUUCUACCUAGUGAUACCAAGGGAGCAUGGACCAGGCGAGCCUCCGGAUUUAGGAAGAAACUUUUCGAUGUGGAUGUUACUUGAGAGGGUUAGAUUCACUUUGGAUGGCCUUGAGUGCAACAAAGUUGGAGUCAGUUAUGAGGCUUUUAAUGGUCAGCCAGAUUUCUGCACAUCCCCUUACUGGAGUUGUUUGCACAACCAGCUGUGGAAUUUUUAUGAUGCUGACCAGAAUAGAAUUGCUCGAAAUCAGCCACCGUUAUAUGGCUUGGUUGGAAGGUUUGAAAGGAUAAACGAGCAUCCAGGUGCAGGGCCUCGUUCAUUUUCCUUUGGGAUAACUGAAUCUCUUAACACUGAUCUUCUGAUUGAAUUAGCAGCUGAUGACAUUGAAUAUGUUUAUAAGAGGAGUCCGGGGAAGAUUUUAGGUAUUACUGUCCCGACCUUUGAAGCACUCGCACAGUUCGGAAUUGCAGAGAUAAAAACACAGAACAUCGGUGCAGUUGAAGCAUCAUACAGCCUGACAUUCAAAUGCUCAGAAGGUGUGAUAAUGAUGGAGGAACAAUUUGUUAUCAUGAAGCCCCAAGAAAUUGCUACACGAUCAUUUAAAAUCUUUCCAACUACCGAUCAAGCUUUGAAAUAUGUUUGUUCUGCAAUUUUGAAAGACUCGGAAUACGCUGAAAUCGACAGAGCUGAGUGCCAAUUCACCACCACAGCCACAGUCCUUGACAACGGAACUCAGGGAAUGCCCUUUCAGCCACCAAAGACAGACAGAGCAAGUUUCUUUGAAACUAUCAAAGACUUAUGGAAGAAGUUCUGGAGUGGUUUGUCAGACUUCAUUACAGGAAAGACUUGCAGAAGCAAGUGUACUGGAUUCUUUGACUUCCAUUGCCACAUUCAAUAUGUGUGCAUCAGUUGGGUCAUCAUGUUUGGCCUAUUCUUGUCCAUCUUUCCUACAGUUCUUGUACUACUGUGGCUUUUACAUCAAAAAGGACUCUUUGAUCCGCUUUACGACUGGUGGGAAGAUAAUUGUUGGGAAGGUGAGCCGCGGCACAAAAGGCAUAGAAUCGAGCUUGAACAUCACAACAUUCAUCAUAAGAAACAUCGAGCUCACCAUCACGGAGCACACCACCAUCAUCACAAUAUGCAUGGAGCUCACCAUCAUCAUCGUAAAAACCAAGAUGUGAAGUGUAGGCACACGAAGAAUCAUGGUGAGCUAGAUCAUCACCAUGCAGCACAUCGACUAAAUAAUGAUUAUGAGCAGUUUUUGCAUCGUGUCCACAAAGACAAGCAUAAACAUAGAAAGCAUCGAACGGACGGACGUGUGAUCGAGCAGUUGCAGUCGGAUUGUAAACAGGAUGGGGUUCGGCAUCACAGACAUAGAAAAGAGAAGAGAAUUAUCAAAAGGACUUCUGAAUUUCAAAUAUAUGACAACGAUGAUGUACAUGAACCAAACAAGGAUGAACGUCAUUUAUUCGAUAGCAUAUAACAUGAGUUGUAUAAG